GAGCCAAGGCCUGCUUUACAAAACCUCAUAGCUAGGCAGGAAUUUGAAUCAGUUUUCUCUCUCUAAUCAAGUCAACCACUCCAUCACAUUACUGAGAAACAGAAAACUUCCUUCACACCUACCUGGCAAAAACCAACAUGCCCUACAGACAACGCAGCUGCCGCUAGGUAGGAGAACUGGAGAAGACACCUGCCGCUUCCUUUCUUGUUCCCUGAGGCACCUGCCCGCCCACGAGAUGAUGGGCCCCAGUUCACGUGCAGCAGGACAGGAAACCUUUAAUUUUCCACUCGCUUCCUGAGAGACACUGAGUCAGACUUUUGCGCGUGUCAUUUGACAAGCAACACAAAGCUUGGGAACUCCUGGAAUGUACGGGGACUAAAGUGGCAUCCAUACCGUGAGAACGUGCGGCGUUACAAGCCAAGUCAACAAAAGAGGGAUAAGAUGUAUUCUUCUCAUGCUCCCACUCUGCAGCCAUUGGAGCCAACAGUACCCAACCAGGAUUCUGUGGAGUGCCCGCUAUGGGGCGAAUCAUGGGUGGCAUGAACGCCGAGCAUGGGCAGUGGCCCUGGCAGGUAUCCCUGACCAGCAGCAGCGGCGGCCGUCACCUCUGCGGAGCGUCUCUCAUUGCCCCCCAGUGGCUAGUCACAGCGGCACAUUGCUUCCCUGCGAGGGGUGAAAUUGAAGACUACGAUGUCAUCCUGGGGGUCCAUCGGCUGAAUGACCCCCCAAACGACCUGCAAGUUAUGCAGGUGGAGCAAGUGAUUAAGCACCCUGACUACGUGGAAGAAGAAGGCUCUAAAGGGGACAUUGCCCUGGUGAAGCUCAAGAAGGCAGUGAACUACAGCCGAACAAUCCGGCCCAUCUGCCUGCCCGCCUCUUCUGUCGUCUUCCCGGCCGGCAUGAAAUGCACCGUCACCGGCUGGGGGAACGUGCUUGUAUCCACAAGCCUCCCCACACCCAAGACGCUGCAGCAGCUUGAAGUGCCCAUUAUUGGGAUAGACACUUGCAAGUGCCUGUACAGGCGAAACCCUGAUCCUGCGGAUCCCCUCACCGUCCACGACGACAUGAUCUGUGCUGGCUUUGCUGAGGGGAUGAAGGAUGCAUGCCAGGGUGACUCUGGAGGACCCCUUUCCUGUCGUAUUGGCAAUGCUUGGUUGCUGGCCGGAGUGGUGAGUUGGGGGGACGAAUGUGGAGCCCCCAACAGACCUGGUAUCUACAGCCGCAUCUCUACCUAUGCCGACUGGAUUCAGGCAAAUGUUCCAGAGGUGCAGCUCAGCCAAGUGACCUCCGAUGUGCAGCCCAUUUCAGAAGAGGGCAUGUGCUCUGACACUCCUGACACUAGCCGGCCUGGACCUUACGAUGACAUCCAGCCUCAGCCAGGCUGGUCCCGUCCCAUCAAGCCGACAAACCCUGCCUCGGGCAGCGCUGCAUCCUGGGCCUGCAUGUCCAGCCUGCCUCUUCUUGUCCUCUUCCUUCAGACCUUCCACUAUUUCUUAUGAAUCGUCCCUCCAGUGGGCCAAAUGACUGAUUGAUUAGCGGGGGGAGAGCAGUCCCUUCCUACUCCAUGCUCAAGUGGGUGGUCCCACUAUUUCACAUUCUGCCAUGCCAUGCCUCAGGUUUUUCCGCUUUGCUCUCUGGAAGCAUGUGAUGCUCUUGGUACGAUUACAAAACGGCAGCCUUGUUCUGGAGCAGAGGGUUUCGCCAAGCCACGAAGGUUCAGUCCAAUGUGCACUCGAGGUCUGCUUAGUAUAUAUACCUUAAAUUCCAGCUUGCUGUUUCGUUCUUCCCUUUUGUUCCCUUUGACAUGUUAAUUUAUGACACCCCCCCCCCCGGGCCUGCUGCUGGAGAACUUGCCCUGCCUCAGCACAAUUGCAGAAGCCAUGAAUGGCAACCACCUCUUUGUUGAGGGCAGACUCACAUUAAGUUGUCUUUGUCUCCUCAUCAUGCCAGGUCCUGAUCUGCUCUCUGGGUCUUGGUUCUCACUAAUCCUGGAUUUCACAGUUGUUACCAAUGUAUUCUUCACCCAAAUCCAUUUAUCUCGAUCUGCCUUCUGGUUAUCGCCCCUCAGCUUCCCUCCAACCUUUCCAGCCUCUAACAGGGUGCCUCCGUGGUUCUUUUUGCGGUCUUUGCUCCUGCUAACCAUUGCAGCUUCAAUCCUGAGAGGCUCCACACAGAUUCUACUGGCACACCAGUGGUUUUGCUGCCUGGUCUCAUCCUGGAAUGUGAGUUGGCUCCCUCUAAACCAAAUCAUUUAGCUGAACCCUACACCUGUUUCUUAGGGUCCAGUUCAAACCAUUGUCCAAUAUACCACUGAUUCCGAUACCUCAUGGAGUUGGGUAUAAACUAUACCCUCAAACACCCCCAUCUGUGGUGACAUGGGGGGACCCCCUCUCCAAGCUGGCCUACUGGCUGGAGGUAGUGUGGAGUGUCAUCUAGGGAGCCCAACCGACGCAGCCUUUGUGUUAAAGCCUCAGUAGUCCACUGUGAUUGGAUCAAGACCAGUGUUAAAGAAGUGAUACUCAGCGAUGUGUCUGUGGAAGCAGCAUCGGUCUCUAGGAGAUCUGUGACGCUCCAGGUGGCUUCAUGGCACCCAAUCUGCUUUUUGCUUCCUGGAUUCUUACGGCCCUUGACACGUGUGUUUGGGGGCAACUAAGACAUCAUGUUUUCCCGAUGCCUCCUUGAAGCUCAAGACUGAAAAGAUGGAGUGACGGGACCGAACCAUGUUUCUUAAUUAGCUGCCACAUUUUGACCCCUGGCUGGGGACUUGGUCAACUUUGUGUACUGACCGGACUGCAACUUCCCUUGACUGGCUUGGAUUCUUUGAAUGGUAACCUCACUUAUGUUUCUGUGCGUGAUCAAUGAAUCUCUCCACUGGUGGAGUGUGUGCAUGUGUGUGUGUGUAUGUAUGUGUGUGUGUGUGUGUGUGUGUGUGUGUGUGUGUGUAUAUAUAUAUGUGUGUGUGUGUGAUAAAAAGUUGCGGGAAACAUAAUCAGGGCAACAUUACUGCUAAAUGAAAUGUCCUGCCUUAGCUUGAAGAUUUAUUUAUGAUGCAGCAUGACUUGCAUGUGAGGCAGAAAUGGAAUGGGACUGCUUUACGUAAGUUUGCUGCUGCCGAAUCAGACAUAUUAUUGGUCUUCCCUGACAACCUGUAUUUGCACAUCUUUUAAAAAUAAGUAUGUAAGCAUCUAUUUGUUUAUUGGGAAGGAUGAGAAUCAGAUGUUGCUCUCACAAUGAAGGGUUUUUAAUAAAGCAAAUACUAAUUCUAAAGUGA